AGACCUGGGAGCUCUCGCCAUGUAGGCUAUUUUCUGAACCCCGCCGAAUAUUAAGCUGCCAAAUGAUGCCGAUAGUUGCUGGGCCCAUCAGACAAAUCGUCGCUCUGUAUUGUUCUGAGACGGGUGCAGUUUCUCUCACUAACCUGCUAUGCAGACUGAAGAACCAAAGAUUGCUGACAUCCACUACUUUACCUGUAACAGUUUAUCUUCAACACUUCCAAGUACUUGAAGAACAAAGGUUGGUAUGCAGAGACACGUCCACAGAAUGGAUAAAGAUCGAAGAGUGUAAUCACGGAUCACUGCCGCCAUUGGAUGUCACACAGAAAUGUAUAAGUCUGAGUGAAAAGUUGUUCCAGAUCACAGACACUCUACAAGUCACAGGAACUUUGGUUGAUGUCAUUCUAGAAAUUCCUCAAGAUCCCCAGGGAAGCCCCGAGAGUGUACUGUCAUUGUGUGGCGCCCUGGGUCAUUUGAAAGAGUGGUUCAAUGCCUCUGUUACCACGGUGAUACAACCUGCCCUGCUGUGUGACCUUGACCCGCUUUUAGCAGACUGUCACCAACAGCUGUGUCAGUUCGUCAAAGCUAAGACAGUAGGCUGUUUUGAAGAUUUCGAAAGUCACUGGGACGAUGUGUGGCGAGGGAAAGUCUCUGUGAUCGACAAAACAGUACACAGAGGCUAUGUGCUGCCUGGAUUUGUACUGAAGAAGAGUGAUCGAUGUGAUUUGGGUGAGGAGCCAAAGAUGUUAGGCCGGAUGUUGGAUGUUCUGGAUGAGGUUGCUGUGGGAACAAUUCCUGCCUAUAUGUUUACCAAAGAGCGCUACAGCUUAUGUUUGGCUGACUCGCAUCCCCACUCCCUUGCCUUUAUGGACCAGUUGACAUCUGACCAUGAUACUGGGAUUGUGGCACGUCUGGCCAGUUAUAGAAAACCAUUGGACGACUGUUCAACCAAUCACAAUCGUUAUCUGAACAGCACCACCUGGAAGGAGAGUAUCAUGGCUGACAUCAUGUUUGUGCAGGAGCCAGAGGAAGAAUUACUUAGCGGGUACAGCUACCUCCAUUUCCUUAUCACAUCGCCACGGCAACCGUCCAAACAACAAAGUUUGACUGUGACCAGACUGUGUCCCCCGGAAGCUUUGAAUGGGUCUUUGAUGACUAUGCUGUUUAAGAAUGCAGUACGGCCUUGUGAUGAGGCUAGUUUUGCUGACGGUGACCUGAAUCCUAGCGAUAUUUUGUCAGAGCUACCUGCCCUUGACGCAGACACCUUGGAGGAAUUUAACAACAUUUUGUGGCAGAAACAGACAGAAUUACUACACCAAUGGCUGAGAGAAAGAGGUCAAGGUCACAAGGUCAAGCUUAGUGAGGUCAAGGAUUUCUUUGCAAACAUCUAUACUGAUCUCCGAGACAGCUUGUGGUGUGACUUACCAAAGUUUCAACCAAGCUUUGAAUCUCCUCCCACUUUGCAGGCAAACGGUGCUUUAUCAG